AUGAGUGGUGAUGUGAGGAAACGCUCCAUCUCUCCAUGGGAGUACAGCUAUGAUGUGAACAACAAUCGAUUCCCCUCUACAAUAGCUGAGGCCAAGUGUCUCCAUACAGGAUGUUUGGAUGCAGAGGGUAAUGUGAACAUCAACCUGAACUCAGUUCCCAUCAGACAGGAGAUCCUGGUCCUCUAUCGAGAGAUGAAAGGCUGUGUUCCCACCUUCAAGCUGGAGAAGAAGAUGGUCACUGUUGGCUGCACCUGUGUCCACCCCAUGGUCCAGGAGCAAUAA